UUCGCCACAGAAGGCGAGUGAGACGUUUGUGUGUAGUCUAUAAUAUAAAGUAUGUUAAGGUUUUUACCUACACUAACAAAGUCAGUAGCCGUCAACAAUAAUCUUGUAAGGAUGACCAGUGUUCACAGUGCAUAUAUAGAGGAUAUCCACGAUGUUCCAAUGUCUGUCAUUAUAAGACCGUUCAUUCCUGAAUUAGACGAGAAGAAGGUUCAAUCCCUCAUGGAGACUAUUGAGAAAGAAGAAGCGCAAGGUACUGUUCCCCCAAUAGACGUACUCUGGAUUAGAGGAAGGGAAGGGGGUAAUUACUACUACAGCUUCGGAGGAUGCCACCGUUUCGCCGCAUACAAGAGACUGAACCGAGACACCAUACCUGCCAAGCUUGUCAAGUCGACUGUGACAGAUUUACGAUCAUAUUUGGGUAGCAGCACGCCGGAUCUAAAGUGACCUUCGUCAAGUUCGUUGUAAAAAUAUUAACACCUAGAUUUUACUCUAAUUCAAAUCAUGUAAACACAGACUUUAAAAUGGUUGGCAUUCCAUAAUACCAAAUUAAAAUUAAGUUUUUUAGUGUUAA